CAGACGUGUUUCCUCUGCUGCUGCUGCUGCUGCUGUCGUCGUCUCGCUGCUCGCUCUCCUCGGCUUUUUUAAUUGAUUUCUCUUUUUUUUAACACCGCAGGAGGAAGAAGGAAGGAAGGAAGGAAGGAAGGGAGGGAAAAGAAGAAAAGAAAAACAACGCCGGCGUUGAUUCUGCUGAUGCUGCAGUGUCCAGUCCUCCCACUUCUCCCUCCAUCACAUCCAUCCCUCCACAUUUGCUCCAUCACUCCCCUCCAUCUGUGCUCCUCCUUUCUCCAGCAUGGUCCUCAUUGAAAACUGUCAGUGCGGGUUUUUGCUGCUGAGCCGCGGUUCUUCCUCCUCCGCCACCUCCUCCUCCUCCUCCUCGACGCUGAAAACCUACACCAAGAGGAUACGGAUGUUGACCAAGACAACAUAGUCUAUUAAUAUUUCAGAGAAACUGUAAAGGGAUAUCAGUAUUAAAGCCCCGCUGUGGUGCAGGUGGACAUCGAGGACAGCGAGGACAUCUGCUCCAACUCAGCACAGGUGACGGAUGAAGCAUCGACAGAAGGCGUUCAAUGAGGAGACGAUGACGACGAUGAUGAUAAUCCGCAGAUCCCGGUCUCACUAGGAGCUCCUGCCCUCCGACCUGCCCCACUCCACCUCCUCCUCUUGCUCCUCAGACCACUUCCUCUUCCUGUCCUACACACACCAGGAAGGAUGACUGUGGUGUCCACAGAAAACAUGGACGAGACCUCCACCCUCCCAGGUCACCCGCAGGACCCCUACCCCCCUGACGACGACCACGAUGACCACGACUGCUGCGAGCGAGUGGUCAUCAACAUCUCCGGGCUUCGCUUUGAGACCCAACUCAAAACCCUUGCCCAGUUCCCUGAAACCCUCCUAGGGAACCCCAAGAAGAGAAUGCGGUACUUUGACCCCCUACGAAAUGAGUAUUUCUUUGACCGCAACCGGCCGAGCUUCGACGCCAUCUUGUAUUAUUACCAAUCCGGAGGAAGGCUGCGGAGACCGGUGAACGUGCCUCUGGAUAUGUUCUCAGAGGAGAUUAAAUUCUAUGAACUCGGUGCAGAAGCAAUGGAGAAGUUUCGGGAGGAUGAGGGGUUUAUCCGGGAAGAAGAGCGGCCGCUGCCAGAGAAGGAGUUCCAGCGGCAGAUCUGGCUCCUCUUUGAACAUCCGGAGAGUUCUGGACCUGCCCGGGGGAUCGCCAUUGUCUCUGUGAUGGUUAUUCUCAUUUCAAUAGUCAUAUUCUGUUUGGAGACUCUUCCGGAGCUGAAAGAGGAUCCCAAUGACCGGAUGCGGAUUGUGGGGAACAUUACUAUAUAUUACAAGCCAAAUGUCCUCACUGACCCUUUCUUCGUGGUGGAGACACUGUGCAUCAUCUGGUUUUCCUUCGAGUUGAUAGUGCGGUUUUUCGCCUGCCCCAGCAAAGCAGCCUUCUUUAAAAACAUGAUGAACACUAUCGAUAUCGUGGCUAUAAUUCCGUACUUCAUCACACUCGGCACAGAGCUGGCUGACGACCAAGACACGGCAACAAGUGCGGGCAAAGGAGGAGGAGAGCAGGCCACUUCUCUGGCUAUUCUCAGGGUAAUCCGUCUGGUGAGAGUGUUCCGGAUCUUUAAAUUGUCCCGACACUCAAAGGGGCUUCAGAUUCUCGGACAAACUCUGAAGGCGAGUAUGCGGGAGCUCGGCUUGCUUAUUUUCUUCCUCUUUAUUGGUGUGAUUUUGUUCUCCAGCGCUGUCUACUUUGCUGAGGCCGAGGAGAAGGAGUCAUUUUUCACCAGCAUCCCGGAUGCGUUCUGGUGGGCUGUGGUCUCCAUGACAACUGUUGGCUAUGGGGACAUGUACCCUGUGACCAUUGGAGGGAAGAUCGUGGGCUCGCUGUGCGCCAUUGCUGGCGUGCUAACCAUCGCACUACCGGUGCCCGUCAUCGUGUCCAACUUCAACUACUUCUACCACCGGGAGACGGAGGGCGAGGAGCAGGCCUUGUUGCUCAAUGUCAGCCACCAGAACCUGGCGUCGGACACCAACUCCAGCCGCCGGAGCUCCUCGGUGAUCAGCAAGUCGGAGUACAUGGAGAUCGAUGAGGACUUGAAAAACAGCAUUGAUAACUUUAGGGAAGCAAACCUUAGAACUGCCAACUGCAUGGCGCCGAGCCAGAACUGUGUGAACAAGGGGAAAAAGCUCACCGAAGUGUGAGGCAGCGUCUGACGCACCAGUGUAAAUAUUGUAGAAAUAUCUGGAUGCUUUACCUCCAUUGGUGCAUUUUAUUGUCUUUUUUUGCAUAGACACAUUCAAUCAUGAUGACUUUGUAAGAGGAUUGUUAGAUUAGUUUGGCAGUAGGGCAAAAAUUGGCAGGUGUCAGGGGAGCGUUUUUGAUAAAUUACUCAUUUUGAGUUACAGAAUCAAGUCCAUAAUAUAUAAAAGGAACCACUAAGGUUGGGUACUGAACUCACUACCUUUAAUGGUACCAGCUGACUUACAGUUAUCAAUUCACAUCAUAAAAUCAGUGCCAAAUUUCGGUACCUGAAGACGCAUCCAAGUAAGAGAGUGGCUCACAUAUGCUAGUCUGCUUAUUUCAAUGGGUCUAAAUAAAUGUUCUCAGCUUUGAAGUUGAGUUGUAUGAGUGCACAAGUCCAAGAGGAAGACGACGAUUUCACGCUGAUUUAUGACUUAAUGUUUCACACAAUAAGGGUGUGUUCACAACGGCUUUUUUUUAGUGUGGUUAAAUAAAACCCUGGUGGGUUAACUACGGUUGGUUUGGGUCAGUGUGAAUGCUCUUGGACCACUUGGGAGCGAACUCCAUCCAAUCUGUAGUGUUGGAAAUGAGAACACUGCGUCCAUUGUCCGUGUCUGGCAGGGCCCACCUCUUCCUCCUCCUCAGGCAAAACUAGCACGUUUAGCUGAGCAUUGUCACCCCAAAAAAAGCGCCACAGAACACUGUUUCUCAACCACGGGCAGUGCCUGCAGUGAGUUGGUGCUCUGGGAUGACGAUGCUAGCUAGGCUAAAUGAGCAAUCUUUCUUGCGGAGGAGGAGGAGGAAGAGAUGGGGCCUCAAGACCCACGGUGGUGUAAGUCGUCUUACGUUGCUCUCUCAGAUCCUCAAUGGAGAACCUGCCGGGCUUUAGGGGGCGCUGUCUUUUGGCAUUUCAUAUUUGCCUUUGUGAAUGCAAAAAUAUUAAAACGAUGCAGCAAAUUUCCAUCAUGUGCGGGCCAACUUAGCACUGUUAGGUGUGAACACGCCCUAAACUGCACAGUUGUUAUAUCGGAGAGUAAUGGUACAGUCGGGCAAUGGUACUGAUUUGAAUGUGAACCCAUACCCAACCUUAGAAAGCGCACGUUUUGCACAUAAAGGUCAGCUUGUUAUUCUCAGUGUGUACCAGGCCAGAAAGUCUUAAAAAUAUAAUAACCCAAUCAUCACAUGACCCUAACUUAGUACAGGGUAUUCUUGUCUAUGAUGGGCAUGAACUUAGUUAAAGGUUAGGGUGUUAGGGUUAUGUUACGUCAAAAUGAACAAAACAUAAGGACAACAUUCAGAUGAGAUAACGCACAUUUGUUUGUACCAAAAUAGAGAUCAGCUUGUCCAAUACUGGACUUGAUACCGAUAUAAUGACAAAAACAGCUCAUGUUUAAAAGGUAAAAAUACUGUAAUGCACUGAAAAAGUGUUAUCCAGCCACCCGAGGUACAAAAUCUCUCCAGAAGAAAUUGCUUAAAUCUGAUAUAGAGACAUUAAAAUUGUAAAUAUAGUCAUAA